GCUCGGUUGCGAUGUGAGUCGGACGCUACUCCACGCCACCCGUGCCUCCGCGCUCUUUCGCGCCUCGGCCCCGCUCCACCGCGGAUUUGGGCCAAGAACAAUCUUCCAUCUCUAUUCAACAUACACUCAGUACAUAGCCGCUUCUCGUUCAGUCAUUUUCUCCGCGCUCGCGAUAAUUUGAUGUAAUCAGUUCAAUGUUUACAUGUCUGUGGGCUGUGUCAAUAAGGUGAUGAGAAUACUGGGAAUACUCUUCGAGUUGAUAAGCAUCGGUGUGGCGGGACGAAGCAGUCGUGGAUUGACCGGUAUUAUGGGCUCGUCGGCUGUGGUGGCCAGGUGACUAAGGAACCAUGCCGCUGAUUCGCAACGCUGAUCACCCCGCGGCGAAGGCUUCAGAUGUGUGUACUCGUUAUGGCGUCGCUGUACUCGGGGCGUGGGCUGCUGAAGGAGUUACAUACCCGUUUGACCUGACCAAGACGCGGCUACAAAUACAAUCAGAGGUGGCUGCAGCUAAACAUGGAUACAAGCUAGAAAACAAGGGUAUGAUCACAACAGCAGUGGGCAUCGCCAAGACGGAGGGGGUGUUGAAACUUUGGACGGGGCUGAUGCCCAUGUUCCAACGCCACGCUAUCUACUCCGGCUGCCGGCUCAUCUUCUACGAGCAGUACCGAGAACUGGUGAAGGAUGAACAGGGGCAAAUUUCGCUGGCGCACUCCUCUAUAGGCGGGCUGGCGGCGGGGUCGUUGGCUCAAUUCAUCGCGUCUCCCACCGACCUGGUGAAGGUGCAGAUGCAGGCUGAAGGCCGGAGGGUGCUGCAGGGCCACCCGCCACGGUUUACCAACUGUCGACAAGCGUAUACCAAGAUUUACGCUGAGAGCGGCCUACUUGGGUUUUGGAGAGGUGCAAUACCGAACGUUCAAAGAGCGGCUCUAGUCAACAUGGGAGAUUUAGCUGCGUACGAUUAUACCAAAAAGUUUUUAAUACGGGAAUUCAACAUGGCUGACAAUGCCAUAGUGCAUGCAUUGGCGGCAUUUACCGCUGGAUUCGUUGCCGCAGUACUGGGUACUCCUGCGGAUGUGAUGAAGACGAGACUCAUGAACCAACCUGUGGGAGAGGAUGGCAGGGGCAAAAUGUACCGCGGUAUGAUCGACUGCUUCCAGCAAUCUGUGAAGAAUGAAGGAAUAUUGUCUCUUUAUAAAGGAUUCCUCCCACUUUGGAUGCGGCUUGGACCGUGGGCGCUGAUCAACUGGAUAGCCUUUGAAAACAUCAUGCUUGCUUUAGGAGGCAGGACAUUUUAAGGUAAUUUUUCACCGACGUAAACAAGACAGUGUAAGAUGACUAUUAAACUAAUUAAUUCUUAACUUAUUAGACGAUUAUUAUUGUUGAAUCUAUCUCCUUAGCGUUAUCCCGUUCACAGGAUCCGCUUACCUAACCUGAAGAUUUGCCAGGUCCGGUUUUUUACAGAAACGGCUACCUGCUCGAACUUCUAACCCGAAGGUAAAGCCAGCGCAUUAACCAGAACCACAUUUCACAUUAUUAUUGUUGAACAUUCAAAGAUCAUUUAAAAAAUGGAGCAUCUUCUUUUAAAUUUAGUUUAUACCGGGUUCUUACCGCGUUAAAUCAGUGAUAUGAGACUUCGAACCAGCCAACAGUUAGGUGACUCUCGGCUCACGAGUUUGCUGUAAACGUUUCUAACGCUUAACCUUUCUUCUUUGAUCGACAUCAGAGAGGAAUUAUUUGUAUUUUUUUUUUGUUUAUAGGUAAUACAUAAUAGUGUCUUGUCUAACUUUGUCUUGUUUAUCGCCAGUGAAAUAUCGUUUACGGUUACAACUACUACUUUCAACGUAACAUGAUUAGAAUUACAAUAUACCUCACAUUUCUUUCGUACUAAGUUGUUCACCGUUAAUGCGAAAGAGACAUACCUAUAUUUCGUCUCUUUCGCUUUAAGCGAAGUACUAUAUCUCUGUCCUGCUGUCAUUCUAAACAUGCUACGUUAAAAGGAGAAUUAGUAUGCGAAGCCUUGCGAGUAGACUAAUACCCUGUACAAUAGCAGUUAGAUCUUUGUACUUAAUGUACGGUACCUAUGUAGGUUCCUAAGUUUCACAUAUCGCACAUCUAGUUCUUUAUAAAUGUAAUUUUUUAAAUUUUACAGUAGAGCGCUUUAACGAUUUUUGUUUUGCCAUAUCUACGUUAAUUACUAACAAGAAACAAGAAACAAUAAACAUUUAUUGAGAAGCUGUGUAGGUACAUACAUGCAGGUGUCAAACAUUAUAAAAUUGUCUCAACAGCAUGUCCAUGUCGGACGUACAAUAUUACAAAUAAUGUCAGUAUUGAGCAUCAAGGAAUUAAGUAAGUACCUAAUAUUUAGUCACAUUAUAAACAUUUGUCAAUUUUAAAUAUCAUUGUUCAACUUCAACUUUAUGGUUGUAUGGCAAAUAUCAUUGUUGUUGAAAAUAUUCAUUCAAGUCAUAAAAUUCCAUAUCAACUAGCCAAUUUUUUAGACGUUUUUUAAAUGUCUUACCCUCUAACAAUUUUAUUUCGGUGGGUAAGUGAUUGAAAAUUCGAACGGCUGAUACAAAUACACUUUUAUAUAAUACUGAACCGUUUGAUGAUGGAAGAUAAAAGUUAUAUAAAUAUUUGGAACGUAAGUUUUCCCUAACUGAACAUUUCUCUAUAAAAUAUUCCUUAUGAUUUUUUACAAAUGUACAAAUUUCCAAAAUGUAAAUACAUGUCAAGGUUAGUAAGUUGUUAGUUUUAAAUACAUUUCUGAGUGAUUCAAUUUGGUACUUUCUAUAAAUUAUCCGUAUACAUCGCUUCUGCAAAAUAAAUAUUGAUUUGACGUUUACAGAAUUGCCCCAAAAAAUUAUUCCGUAUGACAGUAUGGGAUAAACAGUGCCAUAAGUUAAAUCAAUUUCAGAUUUUUUGACAUUUAUGACUUUUAAGUACUAGAUGUGCGAUAUGUUUACUUAAGGUACCUAAGUGUCACUGUGUAACUUAAUCUAGCGGCGCGCAAUGAUGCUCGCUCUGACCUAAUAAAGUACAAAAAUUUGCGACUUUAACAUAGUAAUGAAUUAAUACGAAACUUGAUGAGCGGGACAAAUAUUAAAACGGCCAUCAUUGCGUGUCGCUGGUUUAGUAGUUGUGUAAAAAUAACUAUAUUAUUACCUAGCCUGCAGAUAGGACCAGAGUACAAUAAAGAACAAUUUGAGAAAAACAGCCAGUGUCCUUACUAGGUAUUAAGAAUUUGUAUAACAGCAAUAUUCCCAUUUUGGGAACAUUCCCAGAAACAUCGUAUCACUAAGUACAAAACAAGAUAUGGGCAAGUCUGACUCCAGAUGGAUUUCGCAGUGUUUCUGGAUGUUUAAAUACCUACAGAAUAAUAUACAAGUACUUAUAGGUAAUACGAACUAUGGUACAACAGCGACAAAUAAUUAGUAAUGCACAAAGAAAUAGAUUUUAUUUUUGUUACCUAUUCUUUGAGUCAGAAAGUAAUCAAAUCAGCAAGGCCAUGAUAGCUGAAAGCAUUUUAAAAUAAGAUCCAAUUAAAUUGGACUAUUAAUACUAAGGGAUUAUACUUAGAAAGGGCCAAUGAACUUAUGUUUACCGUAGUAAAAUUAGGUAGAUAACUUAUUAUUGAAUAGUUUAUUAGUGUUGGUUGAUUUGAUACAUGAUAAGUAGUGUCAUUAUUUAGUAUCGGAGACUAUUUUAUACUUAAACGUAUAGCAGAUGACGGAUUAUAUGACGGGUGACAUUUUGUGUGGAUUACGCAUACAAAUCUACAAAAAAAUAUCUUUUUUUGCCGUGGAAGAUUCUAUGAUUAUGCGUACUGUUUGGCCACUAUUGUAUAGAAACCUAUUUGUUACAUGUACCUAAUCAUAGCAAACAAAAUAAUCAUGCGGAAGGCAAGAGGGAAACCACUGCCCUAUUUUUCCCUAAAAGUAGUAUGGAGAGUGCUACACCGACAAGAGCGUGGCUCUUAAAUUAGUGAUGUGACCAAAUCAUACCAUUAGGUACUUACUAAUAUAAAUUUUGUAGCAUUGGCAUACUUACCUGUAUAAGAAAUAUAAAAAUAGCUUAUAUAAUGACUAUUGUCAGGCAGGACAGUUAAUUUUCUAUCUAUACUUACUGCUGUCAUGAAGCAAUGUUUAAUGAGAUACUAACUACAAAUAUUUACGAUCGACUGUUCAUCAUCUGCGAUGCGCUUUAACAGACAAUAGGUAAUUAAUAUAUAUAAAAUGUUACAUACAAUAGCAUAAAUCAUGCUACAUAUUUUAUUAAUAGAAAAAUAUGGACAAAUCAGAAGCAUAACAAGUGGACUCAAUAAUCAUUAAUUAAGUAAUCUGUACUUACUAUGUACCCAUUGUAUAAAUUUUUCUUUUGCGUUUUUUAGUAAGCUAAAUUAUGAAGACAUGUUGAGAAUUGUGAUGUUGAAUAAUGUGAUAGAUGUUUUAAAUAAAUAAUUUAUUGAUUGUUGAAUAA